CUCAAUAUAUAUCCCUCCACGGUCUCCCACAAACCGAUGAACAGCCUCCGCAAACUCUACAACGCCUAUCCUUGAGAGAAAACGAACGACCAGUAACAAAACGACCGUAAAACGAACUAUCAAUGGCUCUCAACGCAGCCUCGAAUCUGGCCGAGAAGGUUCUCGGCCGUGACUACUCCAACGUCGACACCAUCACCGACGUAUCAAAGCCCGAUGCUGCAGCCGGCACAGCAGAUACGACAGAGACUAUGAAGGCGCUGGCAUGGUUUGGGAAGGGUGAUGUGAGAGUUAUUGAAACCCACAAGCCAAAGAUUCUCGAGCCCACCGACGUGAUCGUCAAGGUGACCGGUACAACCGUGUGCGGCAGCGACAUCCAUCUGCUGCACAACGUGAUCCUGCAGCUCAAAGCGGGCGACAUCCUCGGGCACGAAUUCGUAGGGCGGGUAUCUGAGCUCGGCUCUGCAGUGACAGAGCUUUCUAUCGGCGACCGCGUUGCCAAUUCCUUUGUCGUCUCCUGUGGCGAAUGCAGAUUCUGCAAGCAGAAGCUCACUACCGCCUGCGAGAAGACGAACCCGAGUAAUGUGCACGGGGAUCUGUACGGAUCGAAGAUGGGCGGGAUCUUUGGAUACAGCCAUUUUGUGGGUGGGUAUGCCGGUGGCCAGGCAGAGUAUGUGCGCAUUCCGUAUGCGGCACAGAAUUUGCUGAAGUUGCCGGACGAGGUGCCGGAUGAGAAAGGCCUGUACCUAGCCGACAUCCUGCCGACAUCCUACCACGCAGUUCAAGACACGGGCGUGUACGCCGGCGACGCCGUUGCGGUGUGGGGGCUGGGACCCAUCGGCUUGCUGGUGUCGAUGUUUGCCUUCAAAGCGGGCGCGUCGCGCGUGAUCGGCAUUGACGGAAACUUCCGCACCGAGUUUGCUUUGAAGAAGAUUCCCGGGAUCGAAGUGUUGGAUUUCACCAAGCUCCCGCGGGGAAGGACUGUCACCGCCGAGAUCCAUGACCGUGUGCCGGGUGGUGUCGAUGUCAGUAUCGAGGCGGCCGGAGGGGAAUAUGCAAAGGGAUGGGCACAUAAAAUCGAGCUGGCGGUUGGGGCGGAGCAGGAUACGAGCGAGCUGGUCAAUGAGGCCAUCACGUCGACGAGAAAAUUCGGGCGCGUCGGGAUUAUUGCGGAUUAUGUUGGCUUUACGAAUCACUUCAACAUCGGCUCGCUGAUGGAGCGCGGGAUCAGGCUUAUCGGCAACGGGCAAUCUCCGGUACAGAAAUAUUGGCCCGAACUCCUGGCGAUGGUAAAGAGCGGCGAGAUCGAUCCGACCUUCAUCGUGACGCACCGGCUCAAGCUCGACGACAUUGCGAAGUGCUACUACGUCCACGAGAAGAAGGAGCAAGGAAUGGUUAAGGCGUACAUCGAGACGCGCUUCUCGGCUCCGAGGGCCCCGGGGAUUGAUAUGCCCGAGUUGAGUCGUUUGUAGUCGGAUUUGAAUAUUAUGUCCUUCAAACUUCC